CAACCACAAAAACGUCCUCAGAAAUGGAUGGAGCCCAGGUCUACCUUGUGACAGGAGGAUGUGGUUUUAUUGGGGAAAAGAUCACAGAACUCCUGUCUCAACAAGACUACAUCAAAGAAGUCAGAGUUUUUGAUUCAGUAGCAAGAAAAGAAGUAGAAAAUUUUGCCACAGCUACCACUCAUGUGACAGUGAUGAAAGGAGACAUUCGAGACUACAAUCUGCUCCUUGCUGCCAUGCAGGGCGUUCACGUGGUUAUCCACACAGCUGCUAUUGUGGACUACAGAAACACUUUGCCCUUUUGGGAAAUGAAAGCUGUCAAUGUUGGGGGUACUGAAAAUGUGUUAAGGGCCUGCUGUGCCCUGAACAUCCCAUAUGUUGUCUACACAAGCUCCAUUGCUGCGGUGGGACCCAACGUUUUGCACGAGCCCAUGCUCAGAGGAAAUGAAGAUACCAAAUACAGCGGGGAAGUGGAGCUGCCUUAUGGGAAGACAAAGGCCAUGGCAGAAAGACUUGUAUUAGAAGCCAAUGGGAAAAAGCUCACCAAUGGUGGUAAACUCACAACCUGCAUCAUCCGCGCAAACACGGUGUAUGGGGAGAAAGCAAUGUUCCUUCACGACUUGUAUUUGUCUGCCAAAGCCCAUAAUGGUGUGUUGAACUACCUGGAGCCUGAACACACAGAGCGCAAUUCCAUGUACGUGGGGAAUGUCGCAUGGAUGCAUGUUCUUGCAGCCAGGCAGCUGCAGCUGAAACCAGACAUACUUGCUGGGCAGGUGUAUUAUUCCUAUGAUGACACUCCGACAACAAAAGGUUUUCUGAUCAGGUAUCAGCUCUUAUCCUGUAUGGACCCCUCAAUAAGACUGGGCUCACGCAUCCCAUACUGGAAGAUGUGGUUACUGAUACACCUGCACAGGAUCAUCGAGGUCAUCCUGUCCCCUUUCUGGAAGCCACGGCCUUUCCUAAACUUCCCUUUGCUGCACACGAUAGUCACCACCUUCUCCUAUGAGACAGACAAAGCCUUCAGGCACUUUGGGUACCAGCCCCUCUACAGCUGGCAGGAGAGCAAGGUCCGGACGGCGCGGUGGCUGGAAGUGGCUGUGGGGAACCUGUCCUCUCAGUGAUGGAAAGAACCCUUCCUAAAGAUCCUGUUAUCCUUCCUACGCGGCUUAUUACAUCUGUUUUGAAAUAUUAUCCCUAUAAAAAUAAACUCCUAUUCUCUUGCACUGACAGCACAGGGGCUG